CAACACUACCAUCCUUCAUAAUCUGAUGCGGCAAAGGCCCUCGGUUCUCCAUUUUGAAACAUUGUCCAUCGAAAUCGUGCUUCUGCUUUGGAGUACCUGCUGUCGUGCAAAAGAAGGUGGCUUCGCUAGUCAAGCUCAGUCAAUCUCCAGGCGAGCACAUAGAGUAGCACCAGCGAUGCCCUUGUGUGCUCUUGUACCCACAGCCGUCCGGUCAGGCGAAGCCAAAGUCGUAUGCAAGGUCACCUCGAAAGUGGCUGGUUGACGCUAUGCGUAUUAAGAGCUGACCGAGACUGACCGUGUACAUACAUGUCUCCAAGCUCGAUGGGCCGAUGACACUCACGUGUCUGAUUUUGAUAACGGCCGGCCGGCUAUAUUCAUUCCACGAAUAUUGCUAUCCCUGAUAUUGGCUACCAGUCCUGCAUGACCGGGGCUCGAGAUUGCUGGACUGGUGCGAUGGGAGCCUAGACCCAUUGCUGGCUUUGAUGAAAGAUGAAAGAAAUACCCGCCUCCAUCCGCUCACUUGGCUUGACGUGUAUCUCUGGUGGCCAGAGGAUAGAAAAGAGGAAUUCUGUUGCGUUCACCUUGAUCGUUCCUGCGUGUCUGGCCGAAUUGGCCCUUCACGCAUGUUCAAAUAAUGGCUCGUCGUAGAAUAGCAGUAGACGUC